UGUGUUUCACGAUCAGUCACGGUAUACAAGCCGAUGAUAGUCGACCGUGCAGUUUUCACAUAACGCGUAAGUCAACACUGGAUUGAUCCUUAUAUUUGACCGCUGGUUUUGGGGCCGCUGGUGGUGUUGCUGCUGGCGAUGGUGACGGUGCUGUUCCCGCUGCUGCAUGACUCUGGCCGAGCAACGCUCACGACGAUCUCUUCAACCCAGUGGCGCGUCAUGCUAGAAAUUCGGUCUCUUGUUUCUCUGAUGCGGACCCAGCUCGCCGAGCCUUGCCACGCCCCUGAAGCUUGAGGGGCAUUGGAAAUCGGCGUGCACACAAAGCCGCAAAAGUAAUACGCUAUUCCUGAAAAGUGACUCUGGAGAUGGAACCUCGGAUAGAAGCUGACACUAAAAGCGACAUCUCGAGUUGAGGCAAUGCGGCGAAUGAUCGCUGACUUCGAACUCCGUUGGCCACAAAUCACGUGGUAUCAUUUUUGGCCAUGGAUGGAGUCGGUACCAUUACGUGGGAAACAUUUCUAAAAGAUGCUGAAGCUUUGGUAAACGUUUCCGACAAGAUUCGCGAUGAUUGGGAACUCGUCGGCGAUAAGGGCGCACCUGGAAUGGCGUACCUUUCACGCCAGGUGAAAACGUACGUCCCGUGCGAAUAUCCAAUCGACGAGUCACCAACUGGUCUCGACAAAGAGUAUUGGGCUGAAAACUUAGACGCCAGGAUGGUCAAGGACCCUUUUGAGGCAGCUUCGAAAGACGAGAGGCCGCUGAUCACACUUCACCACGUUCUGUGGUCCAUGAGUUAUAGCGUACCAGUGCUUUACUUCAACGGAUGGAAGUCUGAUUUCGCUGGUUGCAAUCCAGUCAGUGUCGAGGUCGCGCAGAAAUUAAUAAGCAACAACGACCUGGGUUACUCGGAAUUGUCCCAGGCGAUUCAUCCGAUCUUAGGAACCCCUUUUCUCCAAUUGCAUCCCUGCGGGUCUCAAGAUCUCCUGAGACACGUCUGGAAAAGCAACAACAAGCUUGUGAGUUGGCUGAGUGUUGCCGCGCCUGCAGCGUUGCAGCUAAAACUUCAUGAGGAUUAUUACAAACUGACGAUCGCAGACGAGUCACGUGUGCCGGAGGUCACUUAUGAAGCUGAUUAGCGAUCCAUGAUAACGACGAUAUCGGCGAUGGCAGAAUCAGUGAUGCCAAUUUCUCUAUGAAAUAAAUUUUACGCUUAAC